AUGUUUUCUGAUAAACAACAAAAGCAAUCAAAGAACAUCAAAGGUGUUGGAUCCUCAAAAAGUUCUACUUCCCAGAACAUUCCAACCAGCACAACUGUCACUGUUGGGGACCGAGAAUACAUCACUGCUCCAAAACUUUUGAAAGAACAGAAAGCAAUUUUUGCUUCUCAGGUAAUGGUUCCUUCCGUACUUUCUGGAAAUGCUUUAGGGUUUUUAGGCCCAUUAGUAUCUGAAGAACAUUUAGAGAAAUAUGCUCAGUUUUUUCCUUGUCAUCAUACUACUAAACCCAUAGCCAAUAAAAUUGUUUCCUCUAGAGAUAAUGAGGAUCUAAACCAGAGAGAAGCUUUUCAACUGGAUUUUAUCACUGAUAGUUUCAGACCCUUUCGGUCUUGUCCAACUCUAGACAAAUCCUAUCUAGACUGGUUAACAAAAGUUGAGAAGAAGAAAGCUUCAUUUUGGAAAGAAUUGGGUAUUUUUGACCUAAUCCAGAUGUCGAAGUUGGGAUUCAGUUACUGUCAGCCUUUAUUAUUAUCCAGCCUAUAUUUAUGGGAUAACACAUAUAACACCUUUCAUCUUCCUUGUGGAAUGAUGACUCCCACACUUUUCGACGUAGCUGUCAUUGUUGGACUUCCUCAGACAGGCGAAACCUUCGACCCCUACCAAGACUGUGAAAACUUGAUUGACUUCAAUGUUAAGAACGCUUCGUUUAGUACUUACAUUAAUCUAUACCACGCUGAUGGGGAAGAGGUUUCUGAUAUAGAACAUAUAACAUUCUUAGGUCUAUGGUUGUCCAAGUUCUUCUUUUGCUGCAAAUCUUUACAAGUUGCUAAGAGAUUUUUAACGCUCGCUAACCAAUUGCAUGUUGGUCGAAGAGUGUGUUUGAGUGAACUCUUAUUGGCUAGUUUGUAUGAAAGUCUAGGAUCGGCUAGUGCUAAGCUAAAGGAAUACGAAACUGGUACCAAUUUAUUACUAUCUGGGCCUUAUUGGCUUCUUCAAUUGUGGCUUAAUGCCACUUUCUAA